CGACGUCAGGCCGGCUUCGUCUGGCACCAAUGACCCCCUUUCCCCGUAUUUCCAUUGCUCUUUGCCUCCUACAGUAAUUCUGGGCCUCGAAUCUGGUCGUCUGCCCUUCCUAUUUGUCUGGGUCGAGACACAGACACUCCAGUUUGCCAAAUUCAAAUCCAUACUGUAGCAUGCUUAUCUCUCGGCUUCAAUGAGUGAAUAUCUCCCCUCGUUCAUUGUCGAACCUGUCCUGCGCCAAGCGAGGCGAUUCUCCCGCCUCAGCGGCACCACUGAAGAGUCGCCCGGUUUCUUCCCUGCCGUGCCCGACCUGCAACGCUGGAGCCCUUCUCGCCUUUGGAACACCUCCCCUCCGCCUUCGCUCGAAGACCCUGCCGUCGAGCCAGAGUCAGAGCACAGAGAGACCACUGUGCAAUCCAUAGCUAGGACCAUCCAGCUAUGGGCCAAUCAGCUGAACAGCUUCGACUCCAUUCCCUCCCCUCCUUUAGAGUCCGAGGACGAUUCGAGACGACCAUCAUCCGAGCCCUCUCUUCGACAAGAGCCCUCGACCACCGAGUUUCCUCCUCUCGAGCUCGACGCUUCACAGCCGCAGCGCCCCGUCUCUCUCCAAAAUCUUCGCACGGACAGCGAAACCUCUCUGAAUCCUGCCAAUGAGCUGCCGUAUCGAUCCCGCGUCCACGAAGACAGUGCGCGGCCUCAUGCAGCAUCUGAUCCGCUGAGGGAUUUGUCAAGAAUCGCAGACGUGGCGGGCACGCAAGACGUACAAGAGAAUGGCGGCGGCCGGAGGAGGGAUGGGUCAGGAACUCUACCAGAAGACGAUGGAAUGGGCGCUCUCCGACAGAAGAUCAACGCUGUGUGGUCAGGCCCUGGCACGGCUGCGGAGAAAUCAAAGCUCGUCCAUACGUUGAUGAUGGAGCGGUAUCAGAAGGGUCUCGCUGGCAAAGGCAUGUUGUCCAGAUCGCUGGACCCGUCUCAAAGACCGGCAUCACCCAGUUCGACCAUGUCAGGGGCUGGCCAGGAGAUCAACUAUAACCUCACUCCAGAAGCCCUCCUGCCGACCUAUGCACCUCUUGAUCCUGAUGACAUGGACUCGUCGGGUGAAAUCUCUCAACCCGUGCUUGGCUGUGUCCAUUACAAGCGAAAUGUCAAGAUGCAAUGCAACGUGUGCGAAAGAUGGUAUACCUGCCGACUCUGCCACGACGAGGCCGAAAAUCAUACUCUGCCGCGUCGAGAAACCAAAAAUAUGCUGUGCAUGCUUUGCAACACCCCACAAGCCGUUGGCCAGUUCUGCAAAACGUGUCAGGUUCAAACGGCGUGCUAUUACUGCCCCAUCUGCAUAUUGUGGAACAAUGAUCCCGAAAAGUCCAUCUACCAUUGUGACGACUGUGGUAUUUGUCGACUCGGUGAGGGUUUGGGCAAGGACUUCUUCCACUGCAAGACAUGUGCGGCUUGCAUGUCCAUCCAGGCCGAAAGCACCCACAAGUGCAUUGAAAAGAGCACCAAGUGUGACUGCCCCAUCUGUGGUGAGUAUAUGUUUACGUCGAAUAAACCAGUCGCGUUCAUGCGCUGCGGUCACAGCAUCCACGAGUCUUGUUUCUCCGAGUGGUGUAAUACUAGCUACAAAUGCCCGAUCUGUUCCAAGAGCAUUGCCAACAUGGAGAGCCAAUUUCGGCGCCUGGACCGGCACAUUGAAGAGCAACCGAUGCCGGAAGAGUAUCGAGACAAUCGAGCCUAUAUCUUUUGCAACGAUUGCAAUAGCCGCAGCGUGACCAAAUAUCACUGGCUGGGACUGAAAUGCACAAUCUGCGAAUCGUAUAAUACAACUCAGCUGGAGCUCCUGGGGGCUGAAGAAACCCCACAACUACAGGAGCAACAGGAACGAGCGCAGCAAGCAGGAACCUCUGAAGCAGCCUUGACAGCCAGUCAGAGCCACACUCCGACAGAGCAAGCGACUCAGCCUGUGGAUAUAGUAAGAGCGUCAAACCAAGCCGUCCCUCAUCCUAUCGACAUAGGAACAGCGUCCAAUACUCCCAGAAGCCGGUCCUCUUGGCUUCUGCCUCACUCACCCACAGCUCGCUCGGCACGAUCUGUUUCCCCGGUGGUCGGGAGUUAUUUUGGUACCGGGCAACGAGCACCAGGUACACCCGAAACACCUAACCGCCGAACAACAUCUAUGGAUAACGAUGACGAUGACCUCGAUUUCUGGGGUCGGCCCAACUCACCCCGGCAACACGACGCGGCGGAGGUUGAAUCAGAGUCCGAGUCCGAGAGUGAGCGUGACGAGCCAAUGGAGGAGGAUGGAGAGGAAGAGGAAGAUGCAAUGGACUUAAUCGGACACAGAUGAUGAGCUGGCGGGGGGCAUAAUGGAGUCCGAGCUACACCACUGGCCAAAGCAGAGAAAAAGAAUGAGACAUGACCGAAGAAAUGAUGCGUCGACCCAGGCUUGUCAUGGUAUGGAGUUUUUGCAUAUGGAUCGGGUUGAAGAGGCAGGCUACGAGUGUAAGCGCUGACUUGGGUGUUGUGAUCGUGGUUGGGGUUUGUUUUGGGAAAACGAAGAAAAAGGAGUUUUCGCAUCUCCGUCUAUACCUACGCACCUGUAUCAUUAGGGCACGUAUUGAUGAUUUGGUAUUGCGAGCAGUUUAUGUGAUGAUCUGGGGAUUUCCAUGGGCUGGAGGGAGCAUGUGACGAGGGCGUCCAAGGCUGUGCUUCGUAAUGCUAUAUCUUGUCCUUCUUUCUUCU